UGAAGGGGAGGAUUUGGCCACCCAAAUCUCGAAACAAAACUUCAUGUCAAGAUCUGACAGAGUCACUCGAUUAACUGGAUGUGAAUGUCAUCAGCCUCUGAAUACAGAAGGUGAACUAUUUGUCUCUUCUGUCUGCUUCCAGAGGUUUUAAACAUCAGCCUGACCGAAUAGCACUGGGACUGUGACACCUGAGCGAGAGUGUUCCAGUGAACUGACUGUAGAUAGAGUUUUAACGUGUUACAAAUAAACUGAAAAAAAAUUUCAUCGUUCGCAGCAGGGAGAGACGGUACAUGUGCUCUAUGUAUUAACAAGGUUUCAAUUGAUCUUCAAUCUGGAGAAGCACAAGGAUACAAGGACCAUGGAGAAUCGGUGGAAAUGUGGGGACUGUGGGAAGGGAUUCCGUGUCCCGUCUGCCCUGGAAAUGCAUCGACGGGUUCACACCGGGGCGAGGCUGUUCACCUGCCCUGUCUGCGGGAAGGGAUUCACUCACUUACGCCACGUGGUAACACACCAGCAAGUUCACAUUGGGGCAGAGCCAAUUACCUGCCCCACGUGUGGGAAAACUUUCCCUCAACUGUCCACCCUGGAGCAGCACCAGCAGAUUCACACCGGGAAGAGGCCGUUCCCCUGCUCCGAGUGUGACAAAGGAUUCAGCUCAUCAUCCGCCCAGUGUAACCACCAGACAGCUCACACCAGAGAGAGGCGGUUCACCUGCUCCGUGUGUGGGAAGGUAUUCAGUCGUUCGAACAGCCUGCUAACCCACCAGCUCGUCCACACUGGCGAAUGGCCCUUCACUUGCUUUGUGUGCGGGAAGGGCUUCACUCGCUCGUCCCAUUUGCUGACGCACCAGUGUGUUCACACCGGGGAGAGGCCGUUCACCUGCUCCGAGUGCGGGAAGGGCUUCAUUCGUUCGUCCCAUUUGCUGACCCACCGACACAUUCACACGGGGGAGAGGCCGUUCACCUGCUCCGUGUGUGGGAGAGGGUUCACUCAGUCGUCCCCCCUGCAGCGACACCAGCGGGUCCACACCGGCGAGAAUCCGUUCACCUGCUCCUUGUGCGGGAAGCGAUUCACUCAGUCGUCGAACUUGCUGCGGCACCAACACGUUCACACUGGGGAGAAGCCAUGGCUGUGUGGGGACUGUGGGAAACGAUUCAAGUUCCCAUCUGGGCUGGAGAGUCAUCGGCGUGUUCACACCGGGGAGACGCCGUUCACCUGCUCAGACUGUGGGAAGGAUUUCCCUGACUCCUAUUCCCUACUGAGACACCAGCAAGUUCACACCAGGGAGAGGCCGUUCACUUGCUUCAGGUGUGGGAAGGGAUUCAGGCAGUUAUGCAACCUUCAACAACACGACAAAAUUCACACCGGGGAGAGGCCGUUCAUCUGCUCCAAUUGUGGGAAGGGUUUCGAAAAUUUCUCUGCCCUACUGACACACCAGCGAAUACACACUGGAGAGAAGCCAUUCACUUGCUCGGAGUGCGGGAAGGGAUUUGAUCAGGCUGCUUUGCUGGUGGCCCACAAGCAAGUUCACACCGGGGAAAGGCCAUUCAUCUGCUUCAGGUGUGGGAAGGGAUUCAGCUUGUUAUCUGCCCUUCGAAAACAUGAGCGAAUUCACACCGGGGAUAGGCCGUUCACCUGUUCUGAGUGCGGGAAGGGCUUCGCUCGCUCCUCUUCCCUACUGUCACACCAGCGAGUUCACACCGGGGAGAAGCCAUUCACCUGCUUCGCAUGUGAAAAGACAUUCUGUCAGUUGUACAGCCUUCAAAAACACGAGAGAACUCACACCGGGGAAUGGCCGUUCACCUGCUCGGAAUGCGGGAAGGGAUGUAGUUCGUUAUCCAGACUGCUGGCACACCAGCGGGUUCACACUGGGGAGAGGCCAUUCACCUGCUCUGAGUGUGGAGAAACAUUCAGCGAUCCAUCCGGGAUGCGGAGACACCAACGGGUCCACACCGGGGAGAAGCCUUUCACCUGUUCUGAGUGUGGAAAGGGAUUCGCUCAUGCCGGUGACCUCAGAACUCACCAGCAACUUCACACCGGGGAGAGGCGUUUCACCUGCUCUGAGUGUGGAAAGGGCUUCACUCAGUCGGGCCCACUGUUGACCCACCAGCGCAUGCACACCGGGGAGCGACCAUUCCCCUGCACCAUUUGUGGGAAAGCGUUCAGGGACUCACCGACUCUGCUGAGACACCAGCGAAUUCACACCGGGGAGAAGCCAUUCAUCUGCUCUGUGUGUGGGAAGGGAUUUAUCCAGAGAUACAAGCUGCGGAGGCACCAGAAAGUUCAUCAGCGAAGACAGCAGUUGGACGCUGCUGUUCAUUGCUGCUGAGAAUCGCAUCCAAGACUGAGCCAUGUUCAUUUGGACAGUGGGUGAAGUGGGAGGGAUAGUGGGCUUUUUUAUUGCAGUGGGGCUGACGCUGUUUCAGCCUAGAACUGCACAUU